UUGUCAUUUUCUACCAAACGGCCAUUCAAGGUCGGAUGCCAGCAAUUUCAAAUUUUAUAAACCAACUACAUGAUCGGUAAAUGUGUCUAUUAUUUCUUUGUUUUAACAAACCAAAAGCUUGUGCUGGAUCGAAUAUUAAGUAGAUGAUUUGAGAUCUCUUCAUGCUUUCUCGAUUUCACCUUCGCUAUCGAGACAUCAGUUUCGAACAAAGUCAAAGUCCUCUUCUGUGACCAAAGUUUAUACUUCAAAAAACAAAGCGCAAAAAAGUUUAGCUGAAUUAAUUUUUGAACCCAGGCUGGUUACAGUUGUAUGUCUGAAUUGAGGAAAGAAAAAAUCCUUUUUUUCGAAACGUUGUCCUUACAGUCAACUUUGUCUCCUUAUAGUACUAUUGAACGCCUUUGACAGAUAUAGAAAAAAUACCCUUUUGGUAUGUAUAUUAGAAACUGAAUGUCUUCCUUUCUGUUCGUUUAUUAUUUUUGAUACCCUUAAUUUUUUGUUUUAUUUUAAUAUGGUGAAAGCUGCAUCUUUAAAUCUAAUGAGUAAUUUAAUAAUGAAAGGUGAAUCCACCUCUUCAGGCAAAAACUCUAAUACCUUUAGCGGUGAGGUAAACGAUCUGGCGUCUACUUCUUCUAAUUCUGGCGCUGAAGAGGUUGAGAAAAGCUUCGAACUUGAUGACCCUGCAGCUAACUCAGCUGUUUUUCAACGUGAUGAAAAAGAAGUCCAAGAACCUCAAGACUUUUUGACGCCAUCUACUUCCUACAAGAUACAAUCUACAUCUAUUUCAAAUGAAUCCAAUGCUCUUAAGCACAAGGAAAACCCAGAAUCGAAGGCGGAAACAAAUCAGUCUCAGUCUCCAUCAAAACAUGAUUCGCCAUCACUGCCGCUCUUAGGCUCUAGGGACUCUGAGGACGCCGAGGAUUCUGAUGAGUCUGAUGAAGAAUAUAUAGUAGAAGCAAUAUUAGAUGCCAGACUAAAAGAGGAUGGCAGUGGGUAUCAAUAUUAUCUCAAAUGGGAAGGAUACGAUGACCCGGAAGACAAUACUUGGAACGAAGAAGAGGAUUGUGUCGGAUGCCAGGAGUUAGUGAACGAAUUUUGGAGGAAGAAAGGUGGAAAGCCUCCUCUAAAUAAAACGAGAAGCAAGCGGCGAAAUUCCCGUUCAAUGAUUCGAUCAUCAUCAUUAUCUACUUCAGAGGAUGAUGAUCCACAACCCUCAAUCUCUACCUAUUCUCGUAAACGACGAAGAUCCUCUUCAAUAUUGAGGAGGCCCGAAGACAACACAGACUUUAAGUUUUCAAAAUCUCCUACAGCAAAUUCAAAGACUCCGACCAUUGACUCAUUCCUUAAUUUACGAAAAAAAUCCAACUUUAACCCUCCCUUCAACGAAAGUAGUUGGGAGGAUUUAGUUGAUAGGGUUGAAACUGUACAAAAGCUAAAAAAUGGUAAGAUCCUUGUGAAACUUCACUGGAAAAAUGGGCAGCAAUCUACCCAUGAUAAUGUUGUCGUUCACCAAAAAUGCCCCCUUCACAUCAUCCGUUUCUACGAAGAUCACUUAAGUUUUCAAGAAGAAUAGAAAAGAUACAUUCAUCUACACGUUUCAAUCUCGUUUACUUGAAAAGAAUCAGUUUGUAGCACUUAGUGACUCCUUUAAUUCAUUUCUGUAUAUAUCUCAUACUUAACUACAAAAUAAACAAAAGCCCAAGACGCA